UUCUAAUUUCAUCGGCCAAAUAUUUGUUUACCUGAUCAGUGUUUCAGAUUAACUACUUUGGAGAACAACAAAUAUUAGACUUACACAACACGUAGAAAUUGAAAUUAAAUUGUAAUUUAACUAAUAAAGUUUAUGCAAAGCGCACGAGUCAUAGACCAUUUAAUUUGAUUAAAUUAAAUUUCAUAUACGAUAACUAGCAAAAAUGUACGACUCUAUAAAUGUAACUAUAGAAAAUGAAUACCCGUAUUAUCGGUUGUCUGAAUCUGGAUCCUUGUCACCAGGAAUAGAUAUGAAUAAUAGUGAAUUAUUCAGCCAAAUUUCUGAAUCAGAUUCUUUAUUCCAAGAUCAAGAAUCGUUCAUAACUGCUGCAAGUCAUCAUUCAGUAUGGUCAAACGAAAGCUAUAAUACAUCAAUGGAAACUGAAUCUAUAACGAGUAAAUUUAUCGAUAACCAAAGAAGUAAUUUUAUAAAACAUCAUAGUGUUAAAUAUGAUCAUAUCGAUACCAAAGGAUCCAGUGACAGAUCAGAGGUUUUAAUAAACAUAAUAGAAUUGCAAAGGGUGCGAAGACAUAGUGAGCGAAGCCAUGUAAAUAGUCAGUAUAAGUGUAGUCAGAAACCGUUUGCUAUGCGCAGGUAUAGCGACAGUUCCAUUGAUUCGGUAGAACUUGAAAUGCCAAAACAAGUAACAGUACAGGUUGAAGUUCACCGAACGUGUAAUUCACCAGAAUUAAAACUACCUGUUCGAUCAAAUCAAAUUAAAGAAGAAAAUUUGUCUACGAAGCAAAAUGAAAAAACUUGUGUUGCGAGCAAAAACCAUGUAUCAUCGCCUCAUCGUUUACAAUCCAAAUGGUCAAAGUCAAAAGCUGCACCGAACGUUGAUCCACCUCAAUCGGUUGAUAAACAUAUUGAGUACGAACAUAAAGUGGAAGAGCCAACAAUCAAGAGAACCAAUCGAGAACGAAAAAAGCAAGAAAACGAUCCAUUGUUGACAGAGUAUUUGACAAAAACUAGUAAACGAAAGUUUGUAAAAGAGUUUUUUCCUAGACUACUGUGCGGUUGGAAUUAUAAUUGGGAUUUAUACGAAGUGCACUACAGCAGCGAAUCCUACAAAGUCCCUAAGUGGAUGGAAGCGAUGUCGAAUGUCUCAAAAGUGUUUUAUGUAUGCUUUUACUUAUUCAUAACCCUACUUAUUUUAAUAUUUAUGUUAAUUAUUGCACAAUCAGUGAGGCAUUGGCUCUUGGUAGCUGAACGAAAUUGAUUUUUGGUAUUCACAUGGAUGAAUAUGAAGAAAAGAUUGUAAAAUGGUGACUUGAAAAAAAUGUAUGACUGACUUUGAUAAUUUUAUAUAAAAUCCAAAAGAAUCGAUGUUUUAUACAAUGAUGACGAUUGGUGUAUCGGUCUUUUGUGAUACGUAAUAUAAGUAUUCGCUUGAAUGUAGUUGUGCAUAUAAAUGUUGUUUGUAAAAUGAAGAGUUUAGUCGGUGCUUCGCAAGCACACAAGUAAAGACGAUUAAUACCA